ACGUGUGAGAUUGACUUGGGGCACCUUGUACUCAAAACGGGAGAAAACAUGGGAACUUCUUGAAAAGUGGUUUGUAUGUAAUAAGAAUCUCAGAACUUAAUUUGGCUUGCAAAUCAGGGAGCUCCUGUUCAUCAUUGGUCCUUCCUCACUGGACCACUUCUCUGUUGAGAACGCAGUGAGCACCCUGCGGCAUUGCUUCCCAAAUCAUGCACGAGUUUCGGGUCUCCCUGGAGAGCAUCAUGAACUGGACCUACGAUUACAACCUAACCCUAACCGAGGGUGAGGGGAACUACUCCUAUGAUGAUUAUCUGUGUGUGGAGGCAGAGGGCAGCCCCAUGCACCACUUCCAGAACGUCCUGGCGCCCUUCAUCCACCUGCUGAUCUUCCUGCUGGGUGGCCUGGGCAACCUCCUGGUGAUCGUCAUCCUGUGGCGCUACAGGCGUUCCCGCACUUCCACCGAGCUCUUCCUCCUGCACUUCGCCCUGGCCAACCUCCUCCUGCUGCUCACCUUCCCCUUUGGCGUAGUGGAAAGCUUGGCUGGCUGGGUCUUUGGCAUCUUCCUCUGCAAGCUUCUGAGUGCCGCCAACCGGAUGAACUUCUACAGCAGCAGCCUACUGCUGAGCUGCAUCAGCAUCGACCGCUACCUGGCCGUGGUGUGCGCCCUGCAGACCUUCCAGAAGCCGCGCAGCCUCUCUGUCCACCUGGUGUGCCUGGGGGUCUGGCUUGCCUCCUUCCUGCUGGCCAUGCCUGACCUGUUCUUCACGGAGAUCUGGACCCAAAGCAACAACCUCAGUGUCUGCCACUUCAGGGAGUAUGGCGUGCACGGCAUCAACUCUUGGCUGGCCAAGCGCUUCCUCUACCACCUGGUGGGCUUCUUCCUGCCUGUGGGAGUCAUGUGCUAUUGUUAUGCUGCCAUUGUGAGGCUCCUUUGCCAGUCCCAGCGGCUGCAGCGGCAGAAAGCGGUCAAGGUAGCCAUUGCGGUCACCAGUGUCUUCCUGCUCUGCUGGACCCCUUACAACGUUGUUUUCUUCUGGGACACGCUCUCCAAACUGGAGGUCACAGGCAAGUCAUGUGCAGCAGAAGAAGGGCUUAGCAGUGCCAUCACCAUGACUGAGAUGCUCGCCUACAGCCACUGCUGUCUGAAUCCCAUCCUCUAUGCCUUUGUGGGCAUCAGGUUCCGCCAUGACUUUUGUCGAAUCCUGCAUGAUUUGGGUUGUCUGAGUCAGAGUGCCCUGCAGGAGAUUCUGGGCACCUGCAGAAUUGAGAGCAGCACAGAGACCAACGUAUCCAUCGUUCGGCAUGCAGCCUCCUCACACUCGGGAAAUGCCAUAUCUUCCAGCUUGCCAGAUCAGUUGACUUCUCACCAGGAUCCACCUGGCCGGGAGUCUCAAGAAGCAGCAUUGGGCCUGACUUGGGCCCAAAAUAGGGGCUAAGCCCAAUAUACAUUCUGCAAAUUGUCUUUGAUCGGUUAGAUGCCGUUUCCUUGGAAGCCUGUGAAUGGUUUGUGCUGACUUCCUCCUGUUCCAAAAAGAUUCCUGCUAUCUUCGUGGUUCAGCACACGGUGGUCACACGCAGGUCAAAUUUGACCUGAGGGCAGGGCUGUAUCCUCUCUGCCUCCCUCCAGCGUAUGAUGAAUAUUUGGAUCCCCAGUCUCCCCCACCCCCCACCCCCCAUUGCAACUGGAAAUGGAGAGGUGAGACCCAGCUCCAGGGCCCAGUUUGGACUUUCCAAACCUUCAGCAAAGCCUCCUUUAAGCAAGCAGAAGGGGAGUCGAGAGAAACAUGGCAGCUCUUACGGCCUCUAAAGGAAUGCCCCCAGGGACAGGACCUAGCCCAGGAGACCCUUUGCAUGGUCAGUGUUGAUGCCUCGGCGUGGCAGCACCAUGGCACCGAUCAACCCAGAUCUGAGCUACUUGUCAUCUGAUGCAUCUUGGAUUUGAGCAGGAAAUCCCAAGGUCCAAACCCCAGCAAAGGCCAUGGCUGGCUGCUUUUUGCUUUAGUCUGUUCCACGCAGGAUGUGUUCUGGGCUGGCCUUUCAACUAGCAGUGUUCCUAUCUCAGCUGUGUUGGACUAGCAGUUGCAGAUGAGAAUCUCCUCCACCCCCAGCAGGAAAUCAAACAUCCUACGGUCUCUGUCUCGCUGAGUUCAUCAACCAGUGGGCAGCCAAACCCGCAAUUGCCAUCUUUCAGCCGAAACCCAUUUUGCUUUGCAACUGUGGUCUCUCCGAAUGCUCUGGCCAGAACUGUAUGAUCAAGGACCGAUUCCACAGGUUUAGCUUUGCUAGUGAUCACAGCACCUCUCAUAGACCUCUAAAUAUCCCAGGCAAGAUGGGGAAGGAACCAAAGGAGCUUGUGCGUAACAAUAAUCCUCAGCAAUAUUGUAUUUCUGCUGCAAAUAUUUCUGUGGAGAAUGCAUGAAAUAGAUUGUGAGCCUUUCUUGUGCUUUCCCUUGUGUGAAAUAAAUACAUUGUGAGUUUUC